CGCCAACCCGUUUACCCUUUUCUACUUACUCUCUACACGUGCGUGCGUGCGUGCGUGUAUGUAAUGUACACCUGACAUAGUCUCCUAGUGUGCAAUCCUGACACUCUCAUCUUUCAGUGCCAAGUCAACGACACCGGGGGUUAUUCGUAACCACGUUUCAAGUCUAUUUAACUGGUCGACGUCGGACGCGUCUCCCCUUUUUUUUCUUUCUUCACCGUUGAGCUUUUCCUCACUCCAAGCAAGGCAUCGCCAGAAACCCUCGUUCAAAAACAGUGGAUAUCCCCUUGAGAUAUUGACAGCCAGACUAUAUAACGUUUUCAUACCACCUCCCUAUUUCAGCCACCUCUCUCAUCUCCAUGUCCGCGUCUCCACCCAGCGGCUCGUCCAAGCGACGGGUGCGCACAGAGGCUCAGAUGAGCCAGAAGCGGCUGGCGGAUCGCGUCAAGCACAGGGAGAACAGGCAGGAGCACAAGCAGCGCAUGGAGCGCAUGGAAGCAGACAUUGCGCAGAUCAGAAAGAACCUCGACACCGUUUCCGCGCAGCUCCGGACGCUCCCGCAGCUGAGCGCUGAUCUGGUGGCUCUGCAGCAGAGAUCUUCGCAGAAACCCCCUGGCGAGGCUUAUGAGAUGGACACGAGCGUUGAGACCCCGGACUUCCCCGCAGGCCGAAGAGCUGCUGCGCCGACGGCGGGUGGCGGUGGUGCUCCAUGUGCGGCGGCAGACCAUCACGACAUCCCGCCUGCCGAGGUCCCGGAGGUAAUGUCGAGUUUAUUCCCCACCCCUUCGCACGUCGAUUGCCGAUGCGGAGUGCAGCAUCACUCGCAGGCCGAUUGUCUCGAGUAUCGGAGUUUCGCGAUUCUCUACGAGACCCAUGCUGCUUUUCCCAAGGAUCCGCUCCACGCUAGGUCCCUACCGAGGAACCCUGAGCUGCCCAACAUGACGCUUCACUCUUACGGGGAUAAUGCAGUCACAUGUUUUCUGACCUCGUUCCUCAAGGGUUUUGAGAUGGCUAGCGUGGAGACUUUGUUUGGCGUGUAUUUCUUUGCCUAUCGUCUCAUGAGAUGGCGCUUACAUCCUGAUCCUAUGACUCUCAAGGAUGUACCGCCGUGGCUGCUUCCUACCGAGGUUCAGAAUACAUAUCCUCAUCCUGUGAGCAUCGAUUACAUCCCUUGGCCCGACCUGCGAGACUUUCUCUGUACGAAUCCACGUAUCAAGUCAAGGCAUUCCGUCAAGAUUUACCUCGAGUCUCUUCAACUGAAGUGGCCGCCAGGAUGUCCCUUGAUGGCUGUUGAAGGUGGUCAGGUUUGCGUAAGCCCCGAGUUUGAGGCCAUUGCAUGUGAUCUCAAUAAUUGGGAGCUAGGGCCACCCUGGUUGGAGGCUUUUCCUCGUUUGGUUUCACUUGUGCAUCCUUGAGUCUUGCCCAUGUUUGGUCUGUAUGUUGGGAAGAUGAGAGCAUUUAAGAGAGGUGAUUGUUGUUUUGUCAUAGAUACCAUAAUCUACUCCGUACGUGGAAAUGAAGCAUAAUUCCCGAAGUUGUUCCACGCCUCAAGAACAAGAAAAACAGAGGACCUCUAGGAUUUGAC